AUGGCUGGAAAGACAACUGGCGAGGAUCCUCUCGCGCCUUUUGUGCGACUUUCUUCAUGUGUAUAUCUCCGACAGCCCUCCUCGCAGUCCGGCCAUGAUGGGCGCCUCUACCCUAAGACGAUUGUCAUCGCCUUCUGGAUGAACGCCCCUCCGCGCACUCUCGUCAAAUACGUCACUGAAUACACGCGACUGGCGCCGUCAGCGACAAUCAUCUUCAUCAGGACCUCAAGCAGUGACUUCCUGGUGCGUGGCAUGGCCUGGGCGCAACGGGUUCGUGUUGCUCCAGCCGUGCAGGCAAUCCGUACUGCUUCCCCAAAAGCCGAUGCGCCGGUAUUCCUGCAUAUGUUCUCCAACGGAGGCGCGUCCGCGACGGCUUAUCUGCUGGAAACGUACCGAGGAGUUACAGGAGAGCCGCUAUGUAUUUCGUCGAUGAUCAUUGAUAGCGCACCGGGCACGCUAGCCCUCAAUCCAUCCGUCAAGGCCUUCUCGUUUGUGCUUCCCAAACUAUGGCUCUGGCGAUUAUUAGGGAAGGCCUUUCUUUACGUCAUCUUGAUUAGCGGCUGGCUGCUUCGGAAACUGACUCGUAUGCCUGAUGCGGUCACUCAUGCCCGUACAGUACUCAACAACAGUCGGCUAAUACGCGCACCGGACUCGAACAGCGGAUUGAGAAGGUGCUACCUAUACUCCGAUGCAGAUGAACUGAUAGACUGGAGAGACGUGGAGAGCCACGCUGCCGACGCAGAGUCGAAGGGAUGGAUUGUGCAGAAGGAAAUGUUUCUGGGAACGCCACACGUUGAACACAUGAGGGCACAUCCGGUACGUUACUGGAGCAUUGUGAAGACAUUCCUAGAGAUACAGGCAAAGGAGAGGGAGGUCAUCGUGGCGAACUGAUAAAAGGCAUAUCGGCAUACUAGGCGCGGUCCCCAGACAAGAAGGGGGCAGGGGAAGAAUGGGAAGGGCCGUUUUCUCAAGUCCAGAGAGGACGCUCAGAUGAUUGUUAAAGAUGCAGUGAAAAUACACGGCGCUGAGCAGGCGCAUUGAAG